AUGCAGAAGUUCCUAUCAAUUUAUGAAAAUGCAAUUCUCGAACCUCAGAAGAUUGAUGCUCAAAUCAAGAAAUAUCAAGAUAUGAUACGAAAUCAUGAAGAAAUGUUAGAAGAAUUGAGCACUUUGGAUCCCGUAUUCGAGCAACACUCAAUCGACGAAGUUUACAGCAUUCAGAACAAUUAUUUAGACAACAUCGCUCAAUAUGAAAAAUUCAAAGCUGUCACUAGAGGAGAAGUGAUGGGAAAUUAUGGGGCACCUUCCAUCGUCUCUAGUGUGAGUGCAAGUGGCCGCAGAAAAUUAAAACUACCUGUGUCAUCACUCCCAACCUUUCAUGGUGAUUAUGAAGAAUAUCUGUCGUUCAAAGGAGAAUUCAAGUCCAUGAUCGACGACAGAGAUGACUUAACUAUAGUGGACAAAUUCACAUAUUUUCGUGAUGCACUGAAAGGGCCAGCCUUCGAUAAAAUCCGCAUGCUGCCAAUCAAUGAUGAAAAUUACGCGCGAGCAUGGAGACUAAUCGAAGAGACGUAUUCCAAUAAACGGUUGAUCAUCUCCAGGCAUAUAAGAUUGUUACUUCAAUCGCCCAAACAAGACCAGGAAACUUCGCAGGGACUCCUCAAACUGGUAGAUGAUACACGUCAGCACAUCGAGAUGCUGAAAGCCAUGGAAGUGAAUCCCUCGGAAGAGAUGAUCGUGAUUGUACUUGAGGAUGCAUUACAUCGAUUAACAGCAGAUGAUUGGGACAAGACUUUGGAGAAGAAUUCCUUCCCAAAACUCGACAACUUAUUGGAAUUCAUGUCUCACAGGGCAACGAGACUAGCAAGCCGAGAAAUUAAUCAAUCUUUAGCAACUACAUCAACCAGCAGCCAUCAACCAGGAGAUCGAAGAGCUCCCAAGAGGACAUAUGCACGAGCAUUUGUAACCAAUAUAGAGAGAGGAGAAAGAGAUUGUCCAGUAUGCAACAAGGAGUUGCAUCCUCUAUUCAAAUGCGAAGAAUUUAAACUACGUCCAGUGUCGCAACGAUUUCAAAUUGCCAAGGAUAAGGGUUAUUGUUACAACUGUUUGAGGAGCAAUCAUCGAAGCAGUGAUUGCUAUUCCACAUCCAGUUGUCGUGUGUGUUCUGACAAGCACAACACCCUUCUUCAUGCGGCCUUUAAUAGUAAAAAAAAUGAAAACCUUGAUAACAAAACCAAAGUCACCAGCGAUGAAUCGCAAGUAAAAGAUUCUUCCAGUUGA